AUGUCGCCUGUACACUCAGCUCGAGCGUUCGUCGCGGCGCUGGGCCUGUGCACGCUCGUAGCCGUGGUGCACACAUGCCUCACCGACGGCUCGCCCUUCCGAUGGGCCGUGCUCACCCCGUGGAUGCGCGCGACGCUGGUGGACUUCUACGUUAACGUCGCCGUCAUCGCGGCGUGGGUGUGCUACAAGGAGACGUCAUGGCUGGCGCGCAUAGUGUGGGUGGCGCUGCUUGUCUGCUUCGGAAGCAUGGCCACGUGUGUGUACGUGGUCAUUCAACUCUUCGCCCUCGCGCCCUCGGAUCCCCUCUACAGCCUGCUGCUACGGGAGCACCAUUUCAGAUUGAUUCAUGGCAGCCAUGCUGCACACGGCCUCUUGUGA